AGAUUUUGGCUUGAGCACCCAACUUGCUUUUCCAAUAAGGUUAGUUUCCGGAGUGCCCCUGCAAGGAAACUAACGCAGUAAGACUGGUUUCGCUUGCAAAAGAAACUCCGAUAUAGUGUACAGUAUCUCCGUCUCGAUAUCUUUGCAUCUGCAGAACUCGAUCAAACGUUAGAAUUGAACCUGAAUCCUAAUUGUAAUGAUUAAAUCCACCUCGCAAUCGCGGAAGACUCUUGAUUCACGGCACCCCAUAGAUUCCUGUAUGUUGCAGCUUCAUAGUUGGAGGCCCUUUCAAUCACAAAGUACCCCUACCAAAAUCCUAGACUCUGAUUCCCACAUUAAUGCUAACCCUAGACCUUAUUACUCCUCCUCCAAUGGUAUCCACACCAAGCGCCCCUGCCUUUCCGACCGCACCACCUCGUCUUUCUCUGUGGAUGCUAUUGAUUUGUCCAAGCUGAGCUUGAUCGACGACGAUAAGCCGAUUGCAGCUGGUCACUGUAGGAGUGGAAGCUACCGUUUAAUAGCUCGCAAGAGGCGGCGCCGGGGGUCCAGGUCUGUAUCGGGUCGGAGCAGCGAUCGUAGCGGGACCCGUAGAUGCUGCUCAGUUGGGGCUUCCGCAGCAUAUGGGACAUGCUCUGAUUUUCCGGUGGCGAUGGGCACCGAUUCGAGCGGGGAGUUGUUUGGAAAUGGCGAUGCGAAUUGGUCAUCGGAUGUGAGUGAAGCAAAGAAUUCGAGGAAGGACAGAGACAGGGAAGGUGGUAGUGGAGAAAAGGAGAAUUUGGGUUUGGGAUUUGGGCUAACUGGGUGUUCUGAUGCUAAUGGAAAUGAGUCUGGGUAUGGAAGUGAACCGGGUUAUCGGGGAGAUGCAGAGUUUGGUUAUGGAGACGAGCUUGAAGAGGAAGAGGACGAAACACGAUUAUUGUUUUGGGGAGAUCAAUUUGGAGUGAUGUGGUGUGAAUGUGAUCGUGAACUUGGCGCUUUGUUUGGGUGAUAUUUCAAGUGGUAUGUGGUCGGAAUGAGCUAAACUGUAGGUUCGAGAAUGGAAAUGGUUGGGGAGAACACCCUAUUGGAUCACAAGUUCCAUCAUAGAUGCCGACGAAGGAAGCAAGAUUGUAGAAUGGUUGAUGCACUGAAGUAAAAUCCGUCCUGCUCUCACAUUUGGCCAAAACAAGAUACCGAGCACAUCAGCAAAUUGAGCAGGUGGCUCUGUGAGUGUGAUACGGCUUUGCUAAAUUGUGAGAUCUGCUUGAUUUCUUUUGACGAGUAAACAAAGUCUUAACUAGUUGACUGUAAACCAUCAUCACAUAUUGAUAUAAAUUUAAAUUAUUUAUCAAUAUUGAUGUUUUUAA